AUGUAUGACGUUGAGUGGCUGAGAAAAAGACGUGUGCGUACUAUUCAUGUGACACAGUUACUGAAGAAACGAGAACUUGGCAUCAAUCGUCCAGGUCUCAUAUUCAAAAGUGCAAAUUUUCAAUAUAAUUUCAUUUCAAGAUUCUCACCAUGUGGUCGUUAUUUGAUCUGCUUCAAUUCGACAUAUUCUUCAGUUUCCGUUCAUAACUAUACAACCUUCACACUUGCUCAUGGUAAUGUGAAUGCAUUCGAGAUGAACAGCUGUUAUAAAAAGAUUGUUACGAUGUAUUGUGUGCUUCUUGAAAGGUCAUUGACUUCGGUAAUAAGUUCCUUCAUGAUUGCAGUUGCUAUCGAGAGCUUCGUAUCUGAAACAGCUGCAACAUUGCUUGACGUCUAUCGUAAUAACGAAUCAUUGGUGCGUGUUUCUUCGCAUGCUCUUAGCAAUGUUACUUUCAUCACCAUCGAUUUGCAGGAUGGUUCCAUCUGUGAUCGAUAUCGAAUGAACGUGGAUCGGGUUUGGAUAGCACACGGAGUGCAUUUAGUGGGACGUUUAUUUGCAAUUUUAUCAUUGCAGCAUCAAACGAUUCAUUUUCUGCAUAUCGAUGAACGUACUGGACGAUUCAUUGUUCUGAAUCGUGUUGGAAGACAUUUAUAUGAUGAUGAUGAUCUCGUAAGUAUGGGUUUACACGAUGAUGAACAAGUGGCAUUCACAGGUCUAAAGCAAAGGCUUCUUACUGCACUGUAUCUUCGUUGUGUUAGAGCUGGUUGUGUUGAUCAAUUUUUGCAUAUGUUUGGUCAGCUUCGUUCUUUACGAAUGUGGCAAAUGCAAAUUGUUGACCCGGACGUAGUGUUGAUUCGAUUCGUUCAAGAAGAUGCGUUCACUUCAGUUACGUCCAUUUCGGUAGCACCAGCCGUAUUCGUUUUCUACAAUUGGCGUUCUGCAGAAAUUGUUAAUGUAUUCGAACGUAACUCACAACAAUUUGGAGUGAUUGUUGAGAGAUGUUUAGAGGAAUUAAAACAUCCUGAAAUGCUUGAUUAUCGAUUUCCUUCUACUUCUCAGUACUGUCAGCAAGGUGCUUUACUCUAUGAACGCAUCAAAUUCUUUCUUGUUCAUAUCACUAUAGGUAUUUCUAUACUUUAUUCAAAUUCAUUCCCAACUGAAAUGAAUUUUCUUUCAGAAAGUGGGUCAGAAGCGCAUCGUCGUUUGGUAUCUCAAUUGCCAUUCUCGACCACCCUUGCACCAACGAAUUCACCGUAUUUAGAUCCAUCAAUGUUUAGUUACGACGACCGAUUGCUGACAACAAUUGAAAGGAUGCGGUUACAGGACAGAGAAGUAGUGAAAUUUCACUCACGAAUCACUGGAUUGCCGUUGUUUCAAAUGAGUGUUAGCCGUGGGCGAUUCGUACAGUUGCUCUUCCAUCCUAGCGAUCCGUUUGCGAUCUCUGCAGACCGCUCGCAUACGAACAUACGAGCAACGUUUCAUCUACCACCUCUUAUUCCAAACAACUAG